UCUGAGUCAUUAUCUCAACCCUAGGGAGAGAAGAGCCCCUUCUAGAAACAAACAGUUCACACCAAGGGCUUCUCGUUAGAUCCACAGAUAAUUCAUUAUCUCAAGUUACUUCUCUCAGUUUCGAUUUGCACAAUUAAAAUGGCUCGCAAUUUCUCCAACGCUAAGCUUCUCUCUGCUUUCGUCCUCGACAGAACCCCCGUCUCUGCGGGCAGUAUUUACAGGCGUGGAUAUGCGUCGGCAUCGGCAUCGCAAGGGGUUAUGUCGGCCGGAUCAGUGAAAGGAGGAGGAGGAGAAGGAAGAGAAGGAAGAGGCGUGUUGGCGAAGAAAGGAGGGGAAGAGUCGGCGAAGGCUUCGUCAUGGGUGCCAGAUCCGGUGACCGGCGACUACCGACCGGAGAAUCAAGCCGACCAAACUGACGUCGCCGAGUUGCGCGAGAUGCACUUGAAGAACAACAUUAGACGCCACUGAGCGAGCUACUACGGGUCCAAUGUUACAUUUUUGUGCCAUCACGGCACGCCUUCGUGCAAGGUUCCGAUGAGAUGGUGCUAUGGAAGUGAAGUUCAAUCGUGGCCGUUCUCAUAUAAUCGAACAACGGCAGAUCGCGCUCUAAGAAUGAUUCCAAUUGUUUGUGAUAGUAGAAGUAGUCUAUUAAGAUAUUGUCUGCUCUGUGGUACUACUGGGCAAUGGGUGGCUGUGUGCCAUUAUCCAUCCUCUCGUUAUUUUUUCUUAAUUACAAUUAACAAAUAAAUAAAUAUAUUUAAGAUUUC